ACCCCUCUGCCCCGUCUCCCUCCUCCUCUCGUCCACUAGUCAAAAGCGCGAUCCAUGGUGCGAAAGCCUCCUUUUCUCCGUGUUCCCGCAGGAUGGCCUUCUUCAAAUAUCUGCGCUCCGUUAAGAAUGAGCUCAUCCUCUUCUCCGCGCCGUUCCUCCUCCUUCCACUGCCUCUAGUGAUCGGCACAUCGGAAGCCAAAUGUGCCUAUGUGAUAAUCCUGAUGGCGGUGUACUGGUGCACAGAGGUCCUACCACUGGCCGUGACGGCUCUGCUCCCGGCCAUCCUUUUCCCGGCGUUCGGCAUCAUGCAAUCCAAAGAUGUGUGUAUGCAGUACCUGAAAGACACCAACAUGUUGUUUGUGGGGGGACUGUUGGUCGCAGUAGCUGUGGAGCACUGGAAUCUGCACAAGCGCAUCGCCUUGCGGGUGCUGCUCCUGGUUGGUGUGCGACCAGCGCUAUUGAUGUUGGGCUUCAUGGGUGUGACGGCCUUCUUGUCCAUGUGGAUCAGUAACACAGCUACCACAGCCAUGAUGGUGCCCAUUGUCCAAGCGGUGCUGCAGCAGCUCAACACCAGUGAGGAAGAGAUACCUCAGAUCCUCAGCUCCGCGGAGCAGGUCCAGCCCCCGGAGGCCGACGGUAAACAGCCUCCACAGACGGAGAAACCGAGUGAGGGCCAAGGUAAGCCAUGCGUUUCGAUUGCCCACCGCACCACUUGUAAAACAAGGUCAUUUGUCGCUCUUUUCAUAAGUGACCCUUUCUUUGAAGGCCCACUGGUGGUGACUUUCUUGGAUGAGACAGUUGAGGCAGCUAUGCAAAAAGAGGCAGCAGAAAAGCGGAAAAUGUGUAAAGGGAUGACCCUGUGUAUUUGUUACGCUGCCAGCAUCGGAGGCACCGCCACACUGACAGGAACGGGUCCCAAUCUGGUGCUCAAGGGCCAGAUGAACCAGCUGUUUCCUGAAAACGGGGAUGUGAUUAACUUUGCCUCCUGGUUUGGCUUUGCCUUCCCUAACAUGAUCCUCAUGCUCACACUGGCCUGGCUCUGGCUGCAGUUUGUCUUCAUGGGAUUCAACUUCAAGAAGACGUGGGGCUGUGGGGCCGUGAAGACAGAGAAGGACAUCGCUGCCUAUAAUGUGAUCCGCGAAGAGCACCGGCGGCUGGGGCCCAUGUCCUUCGGAGAGAUCAGCGUCCUCGGCGUCUUCGUUCUGCUCGUGGUGAUGUGGUUCACGCGGGAGCCGGGCUUUGUCGACGGCUGGGCGUCACAUAUCUUCAACUCCAAAGCAGAGUAUGUGACAGAUGCCACAGUGGCAAUCUUCAUUGCCGCCCUUCUCUUUAUCCUUCCCUCUAAACCGCCACGAUUCUGCUCGUGGAGGACUCACAGUUUUGACACAGUACCCCAUCAAACUGUUGGCCCAACUCCACCUCUGCUCACCUGGAAAGUUGCACAAAAGAAGCUACCGUGGGGCAUCGUGCUUCUUCUGGGCGGAGGUUUUGCUCUGGCCAAGGGCAGUGAAGAAUCAGGACUCUCAAAGUGGAUAGGAGAUCAAAUGACUCCCUUGCAAAGCAUCCCUCCCUGGGCAAUUGCUAUCAUCUUAUGCCUGCUGAUUGCUACCUUCACUGAGUGCACCAGUAAUGUGGCCACUGCUACGCUCUUCCUACCUGUCUUAGCCUCAAUGUCUCAGUCUAUUGGGAUCAACCCCCUGUACGUCAUGGUGCCUUGUACCCUGAGUGCCUCUUUUGCCUUCAUGCUGCCUGUUGCUACGCCCCCGAAUGCUAUAGUCUUCUCUUAUGGAUACCUCAAGGUUGCUGACAUGGCCAGGACAGGAAUAGUCAUGAACAUCAUUGGCAUCCUUUGCAUCACACUGGCCAUCAAUAGCUGGGGAAAGGCCAUGUUUGACCUGGAAUCCUUCCCUGCCUGGGCCAACGGGACCGGGGUGUGAGCCUGGUGCUGCCACGGGAGUGGAUCCUCGCACACCUUGCCCUCCUCAUCCACAGGUGCCAGACAAAGACCUCUGGUGGGAGCGACGGCACAGGACCACACAGUGUGCGCGUCCAAUUGCUGGUGAAAUACUAGACCCUCAAGGCUUGUUUUGACAGCUGAGACUUGCUUGUGAAAGAAAGUGGUGAGGAAUAUGAAGAGGAAUUACAUUAAAAAGCUUUCUUUAUUUACAUUAUAUCGUAAUUAAGUUACAGUUAUACUCUAUUUUAUGCUAUAACAUAGUGUCCUAGAAAUCACACUGUGGGUAUUUAUACCCUCAAAUAGUGAAAUAAGGGACGGCUAUUUCUAAGGCAAGAUAAGUUUAUUUGCAUAUUCAGCAACAAGGCAGAUAAAUCAUUAAUCAUUAAAAGCAUCGGGACAAAAUGCAAAAGAAUUACCCUUAUUCAUGACAAAAAAGGAUGAAAACAAAUAUUAAAUAGACAAGAUAUAAUAUGCAUAAGAUUUAUGAUGGAAAAUAAAGUAUUAAACUCUGUUUAUUACAUUCUUGUUUUCAUACGGUGAAGGUUUUUCCUUUUUUUUCUUCAUUUUAACAUCUAAAUAGCAAUAAGCAUGUGGUAUAAGAAGGUGUCUUUGCACAUUCACUCAAGUCAUGCACAAUAUUGAGGAAGUUGUACUUCACACAUUUGUGAGGAAAAUGUUUUUUUAUUUUUUUAUAACAGAUUAAACUACAUAUGAAAUAGCCCUAUCUCAACCAACACUAUUUUAUUCGUUAAUAUAUCAGUAUAGUUCAAUGACAUUAAUAUAACACUGACGAGGGCAAUUAAGCUGCUUAUUCAGUACUUUUACCGUUUGAUACAUUUUUGUAUCAAAAAUCUGUACUUUCACUGAAAAAAAACAAAAUAAAAAGUUGAAUUCUAGACUGAUUGACUGUUUUUACAUUAUGUUGUUGCUAUUUCUCCCAGUGCUAGUUAAACCGCCAUCACAUAUGUGUUUGCAAGAAUAUAUUUUUUAAUAGAUUAUAACAAAUGGUUGGUUUUGGUAAUACAGUAUUUAUAUAUAAUGGGCUAAUAUGCACAGUAGGACAGAAAAUUGAAAUUUGAUACUGACAGGGAAAUGCUAUAGCUACUUAAAGCCAAAUUAUAUUUUUAUUUUCAUGGUAGAAAUUGACUAAAUAAGGAGAGGAGCUUAAACUAUUUCACCUUUCUUAAAUGCUGUUAUGCUUUUUGUAAACAUGUACUUUGGACAAUAUAUUAUAUUCUUUGCCUAAGUAGCCAGUGGAGGAAAGUCAUAAUGUUAAAUUGACCUUUGACAAACUAAAAAAUAAAAGAAGUUUUAAUACA